AGAAGCAAUCUGUUUUUAGCUUUAGGGCAUAGGUAUGUUUCUUUAUUUGAUUCUUGAUUUGAUGUUUGCUUGGGUUCUCUGCUUCUGAUCACAUCUCUAUAAAUUUAUGGAGUUUAUUGCCAAGAGGACAACUUAAAACUCAAGGAUUUGAAAUAGAGAAAAAAAAUUAAAAUGGGACAGCCACAGACCUUGCUUACACCUGCUCGGAAGCCCCAACCUGGCGAUCACAUCUAUAGCACAAGGGCCGGAGGUCUCUACGCUCACUCAGGAAUAUAUGUGGGCAAUGACAUGGUUAUUCACCUCCAGGCACCUCUCAAGGGAAGUGGGUCUUCUCUCAAGGGAAGUGGGUCUUCUUCCAAGGAAAUUGAGUCUUCUUCUCCAUGCCAAAAAUGUGGAUACAAGCGAGACUGCCAAGCUGGAAUCAUCAAGACCUGCCUUGAUUGUUUCCUUGACGGUCGCUCAUCAUUUGAGUUUUAUGAAUACGGAGUCCCUAUAUAUUAUUUUAAUAAGAAGCCACGUGGCACCUGUUGUGUGUCCCCUUCCAAGCCAGACCAUGAAGUAGUUGAGAGAGCCACUGAUCUCCUGGAAAGGAAAGGCUUUGGCGAGUACAAUCUUUUUGCAAACAAUUGCGAGCACUUUGCUGUGUACUGCAAAACAGGCUUGGCCUUCAGUCACCAGGUACAAGGGGCAGGCCUCGCUAUUACAGAAAUAGCAGAACCUUUGGGUAAAGGUCUCCUUCGCACUGGUGCAAUCUUGGCUGUCCCCGUAGUAUGUCUUUUUGCAAAAGCGAUCACUGACGGCCAAAGACGCCCAUAAGAAUUUAACAACGUAGCUCGCUCGUGGUCGGUUGUAUAACUGAUUCACGAGGCAAACUGUUAUAAAUAAGAACAAGGAGUGAUAAUAUGAUAUGUUAAGGCCCAAGAAUUAAUGCAGGAAAGUAAAGGCGAAAGCUUAAUGGGUGAGCUUCACAUCAGCCAUAGUGGAAUGUGAAAAAUAGCAUAUAAAAGAAUAAAUUGAGAACUAAA